AUGAAAAAAUCAAUUUCCGCCAUUUCCACAUUAUCUCCUCAUGUUGCCUCUGCCACUACUCUUAGUCAUAUAAAAUUAAAGUCAUCGAUCCAUCAACGAUUGAUAGAAUCUGGAGAAAAAGAAAGACUCAAAGCACAUUUACGCCAAAAACUGAUCGAAUCUGGCUGGAAAGAUGAUAUCAAAACAUAUUGCAAAGAAUACAUAAAGAAAAAUGGAGAAAACUUGACUAUAGAACAAUUAAUUCAACAUGUAACACCAGAAGCAAAGAAUAAAGUACCAGGACCAGUUAAACAAGAUUUAGUAAAGAGAAUAAGAAAGUUUUUAGUUCCACAAUCAACUCCAACUUCUCCUAUACUACAUCAUUAA